CUUAAUGAGGAUGCUAUGUCACUCUGCAUAAUAAGCGUCGUAUGUGUACCUACUCCUUCCUUACCUGUGCUCGAGAUCCAUCGUUUUCUGCAUUCGUUCGUGUCAACCGAAUACGUCCGGCUUGUCAGUAUUGCAUUCUCUUGUCACCUUCUUCCUCACUUACAAAAGAAACGGAGCGAGAGAAACUUGCUAAUUAAUUGGUGGUGGGUGGUGCUUUCUCUCAAUUUGACUUUCAACUCAAAUUUUUCUUCAGUGUUUGGCAAGAAUCUAAAAAUGCCACGAGCGAAGAAUGACUCAAAACCCCGCGGUCGGAUGACCGCCUAUGCUUUCUUUGUCCAGACCUGCAGAGAAGAACAUAAGAAGAAGCAUCCGGAUGAGAGCGUUGUAUUUUCUGAAUUCUCUCGUAAAUGCGCUGAGCGCUGGAAGACCAUGUCCGAGAAGGAGAAGAAACGCUUUCAAGAAAUGGCGGACCGUGACAAGAAGCGAUAUGAGCUGGAGAUGCAGGAUUACGUCCCAGCCAAAGGAGACAAGGGUCGUGGUAAGAAGCGUCGUCACACCAAAGAUCCCAACGCACCGAAGAGAUCCCUCUCCGCUUUCUUUUGGUUCUGUAAUGAUGAGCGGCCAAAGGUGAAGGGGAUGAACCCAGAGUACGGCGUCGGCGAAAUUGCAAAAGAACUCGGAAGAUUGUGGUCUGAAGCUGACCCCGAAGUUAAGCGAAAAUAUGAGGCCAUGGCUGAACGCGACAAGGCUCGUUACGAGAGGGAAAUGGCUGCCUACAAGAAGAAGGGGAAGGUCGAGGCCCCACCCCCACCAGUCGAAGAAGAUGACGAUGAGGACGAAGACGAAGAGUCUGAUGAAUAAACCACCAUCGCGGCGUUUUAUCAUCGAAACUGAUUUUCUCCUAAGUUAUGUAUUUUUUAUAUUUUAAGUAACAUGAUGGAUUAGCUUAACUAAUCAUAUACACGUGUCCAGUAUCACAAUAAAUAGUUGCUUUCAUUUCUUAAUGUGUUUCCUUUACUACAAUGAUGUUACAAGUGUAUAACCAUAAUAUGAAUUAAGGAAGGAUCAAUUUUUUUUUCUGCUGACAACUAAAGAGCAUAUAAAGUACUUUUGUGACUCAAAAAUUUUGAUGAAUGGACAGCUUUAUCCUGGUAAUAAUAUUGUGGUUAUAGUUGUAUAGUUUUUGUAGGAUUGACAGAUAUCUUAUUUUCCGACAUUCCCUUUGUGAAUCAAAAGAGCUGAGGAAGAUGUAUCACUAAAAAUUAACGUAGGUUUUCAGCUGAAACAUGUAUCGAAUGUGUCUGACAACUAAUGUUAUAUAUUACAAGUUGGUUAUUAUUGUUGAUUAUAAUGAGAAGGAAACAUGCCAAUGUAGUUCUUCUUGUUGGUUGAUACAUAUAUAAUUAAGUCAUCAACAGAUUUUAGGUGAAGGAGAGAUUUCAAUAUUUCCUAGUUUCAUAAGGUAUAUGAGGUAUUACUAAGUAGAGAAAAAUGCUGACUUGAAUCAGUUGACAAACAACAAUAUAAUUAAGUUAAGAUAAAGAGACAAAGUUCUUGGUGUUGUUGUUACGCCCGUGUUUUACGCCAACCUGAUGUCAAAAGCAUAAUCACAGGCACUCAUCCCACAACAAAUACAAGAAGACUACGCUCUACUCGGACUAAAAAUAUAAGAUUUUGCAAGGAUCUCAACGCCCGUACACAAUUCUAUAGUUGAUCCAAAUUUUUUGAUCGUAAUACAUAUAUUACAAUGAUCUUGUACGUUUCAUAUACUGCGAGUAUACUGUUAUCACAAGUUGUUAAUAAAUAUAUAAAUGUCAGGUAUAUUCAGUUAUGUUCUUUUUUCUAUAAUAUAUAUCUACAAGUUUUUUCUGUAUUUCCAUCUAAAAAAAUAUCCAAAGUCAAAAACUGCAAUUUGUUCGAAUACAAAAUAAUAAAUAUUUAGAAAAAG